CUCAUGGAACCUGCGGGAAGAUGGUUGGGGAGAUCGGCGAUGAGGCUUCCGCUUCAGGACCAGCGCGGAACCAAUCAAUCGCGACAACGCCGACCAUUUUAGACGUUUCGCGGCGUUUCUCUAGUAAGCGAGCAUGCAGCGUACCCGCCGACAGUGUAUACUCGAUUCUCAUGGUUGCAGGAGCGUCUAUUGACGUCUACACAACAUAGCCAACGGCUCCGUGAUGCCGGAAUUUGUUGCAUGUGACAUGUGACCCCCGCGAUCGCUAUGUCUAGAUCGUGGGUCUCGUGUCAGGGUACCGCGCAUCAAUUUAACGCCGCUCCUCCGCUUUUCUAGCUUCUGUCGCCCUCGACGAGCCGAACACUCACGACCCCUUUGAUUCUUCUCUUCACGCCUAUUCUGCCCUGCGUUUCUAGCCACGAGCGUCCCGUUGCAGACUUCCCAUGUCGCUGAUUCAGCAUGUUACACAGCAAGAGGGCACUGAUCGCGAGGAGGCGUUGGUAGAUUUGUUCUUACCGCCUGUCGACCGCCAGAUUAGCCGACAGGAUGCUGCGGAACGUCGGCUUUCUCUUGAGAGCGCCAUCUCGGGAGCUGGCUUCUUGAGCGCACAAGGAAAGAGCGUGAGGCGAGUCAUCAGUUACGACGUAAUACCCAAGCCUGAGGAGCUCGCACCGGGCGAGGAACCAGGAGGCUUGACGCCAUACAAGGUGCCGACAGGCAAGCGUAUCGCACAGGUCAUCGUAACGGUUCUUGCGUGUUGGUUUGCUAGCGGGAUCGUUUUCGGGUUUGCAGCUUUGAAGCCAAUUCUUAUCAAGGAAGGCGUUUUCAGAAAUCUUUGCACACCCGAAGAGGUGGAUGCCGACGUUGAAGUUUGCUUUGAGCAAGACCUCAGGUUGAACUUCUUUUUUUCUUUGGCAUCGACCACGGCGAAUGUUUCUGCUCUCCCCGUCGGUACCCUGCUCGAUCGCUACGGGCCCAAGCUUUGCUUCCUUUCCGGUUCUUUCUGUCUCGCGCUUGGAAGUAUCCUAAUGAGUCUCGCAUUUCAGAUCGAGAAUUUUGACGGAUAUACAAUCGGAAACUUCUUUCUUGCCCUUGGAGGCACAUUUGUCUUCCUGCCCUCUUUCCAGAUUGCUAACGCCUUUCCCAAGUAUGCGGGUAGCAUCGUUGCGCUCGUUACCGGUGCAUUCGAUGCCUCAGCAGCAGUCUUCCUUUUCUACAGGCUCAUGUACGAUGCUAGCGACAGGGCGUUCAAGCCACAAACCUUCUUCCUGGUCUAUCUCAUCGUUCCAGCAGCCAUCGCCAUCGCGCAGCUCACCUUCUUACCGACCGAGAACUACAAGACUGAGGCACAGCUAGAGAUGAAGAUCCAGAGAGCCGAAGACGCUAUGCGAGACGUCCAUUCUUCGGAUGAUGAGCUACCCGAUAACGAGAUCUGGAAGCGAAGGAAGGCCCGUAGCACGCGUCGCAAGGAGAGACUGAGCAGACUUGACGAGCUCGUCGGAAAUGAGGCGGCUCGUAAGAUCCGAGAAGAGAAGGCUGAGCAGAGAUUGGAGAAUUCUGGUGUCUGGGGAGCACUACACAACAAGUCUGCCAAAGAUCAGAUGCUGACGCCCUGGUUCAUACUUCUCACUGUCCUGACUGUCAUCCAGAUGGUGCGAAUGAACUUCUUCAUUGCUACUAUCCGCGAACAGUACACCUACAUGCUUGGAUCAGUCAAACUAGCAGAAAAGGUCAAUGAUUUCUUCGACGUUGCUCUGCCCGUCGCUGGAGUUAUCGCAACCCCCUUCUUAGGCGCACUGCUCGAUAAUGUCAGCACACCCGGCGUCCUCUCGCUCCUCGUUAUCAUCAUCGCCGCUAUUGGAGUCAUCGGCUCUAUCUCGACUCUUUGGGCUGGAUAUGUCAACGUCCUUCUUUUCGUCUUCUUGCGCCCGCUGUACUACUCAGCCAUGUCUGACUACGCGACCAAGGUCUUCGGUUUCGCUACGUUCGGACGUGUUUACGGGACCAUCAUCUGCGUGUCUGGCCUGUUCAAUUUGUCACAGACUGCAAUCGACGCCUUGACAAAGGGCUUGUGGCACGGCAACCCAAUUCCAAUCAACAUCAUCCUCGCUGCUUCAGCGUUUGUCGUAGGCACUGCACUCGUCAUCUAUGUCGCGGUACAGGUCUACCGUAUGAGGAAGAGACUCGACGAGGAAGACGCCAUUACCGUGACAAACACCGAAGUAGGUUCAAUUAUGGAAAGCCUGCUCGAAGAGGACGAGCCGAGGUCCUACGGCACAGUCAACCGUCCGCGACAGCCAUGGGAGGUGUAAUUGAGACGGCGCGAACUUCAACUUAUCCUUGCCUUCGACAUUUCUAAACGAGUUCGAUGAGAUUGCUUCGCUACUAUUAUUACGAGUACGAUUCAGAUACGGCCGUCAUCGAAUCACGCUUCCUAUACUAAUCGCUUUCCUACCUAACGUAAUCAAAAGUUGCACUUUUCUGUACAAGCAGGCCUUUUUAUUCAUCGCACUAUAUUGCAGACUGUCGUCAGCCGAGCGUCGUUAUCAAUAAUAGUCAUCGUCAAGUGAGCGUUAUGGGUACGGGUGUUCGGGUCAUGUUACAUCUCAUUAUGUUUUCGGCGCCAGAUUGCGAGUCCAUGUAGACUAGAUUGCGAUUUGUAGAAAUUGUUCCGUGUCUCCGAUAUCCAUUGUCAUCGUCUGUUGCUGUUCCUUCUAGUUCGAAUCAAAUCCAUGCAAUUCA